AUGUCUGCACCAUCACCAGCGCGCACUUUUGUCCGCUACGCCAAAGCCAGCUCCAAGGCCAAUUCACAAUUCCUCAUUACCCUCUUCGUCAAGCCCGGCGUGAGCAGGAUGCGCGAAGGCAUCGCUGCCGUUUCUGAUUCACAUGUUUUCAUGAACGUGGCCAAUUACGCUUUCGAGGGUUCUGCGAACAAGUCUGUCCAAGUCCUUCUUGCGAAGACGUUGAGCGUGCCGAAAAGUCAUGUGUCGAUUGUCAAAGGCCUCACGAGCCGCGAAAAGGUUGCUGAGGUGAAACUUUUCGUGAAUGAAACCCCCGAGAACAAGGUCGCGUGGUUGAUGAGCAUGUUGGAGAGAGCCGUCAUGCCUGGGAAGAAAGUAGACAGCCGGGGAGAUGGACUUUGA